AGUUGUUAGGUAGUUGGUUAACUCGGUCCUCAGAGACCUGCUUAUCAGCGCUCCUAUCUCAGUCCCUCCGUGUCUGAGUCUCAGUUUCUCAGUGUCUCCUCGUACCCGCCGCGACGCUCAAACCCCUCUUCCAGUGUCAGCGCGGAACUGCCGCUGUCUCUGCGCGAAUGAAAACUCUCAGUAACAUCCUGUGCGGUGAAUAAGCGGACGCUGCUCCUCCGUCCCCGAUUCCUUGACACCCUUCGAUAUCCGAAGAGGACCACUCGAGCCCCUAGGCUGGCACUGACGGUCCGGACCAAGCACGUGUCGUGAAGAAGAAGGACUUCGAAUGCGUUUCUUAGCAGCAGAACACAGUGGAUUAAGUGUCAGGGGUAAAUCAUCUUACAGCAUCGAGCUUUAACUUUUUGGAUACACAACCGUGUCGGACUUGCCCUAGGCUAAGUGGGUUUUGGACUAAGAGAACCGCGUAGAGGCGAAUAAAGGUGUGAUAAAGAUGAAAUCUGCCUGUGGAGGUGAUGAAGAUCUCUUCACGGAGAGCUACUGUAACAUCUGCAAUGCCCAGCUCAUCUCUGAGUCCCAGCGCAUCGCUCAUUAUGAGAGUAAGAAACAUGCCAACAAGGUCAGGCUCUUCUACAUGCUUCACCCUGAGGAUGGUGGCCCACCCUCCAAGAGACUGAGGCCAGACAAUCCGGGCAGUGAUGAGACUGAAGUGGACCGGAACAAGUGCUGCACCCUCUGCAACAUGUUCUUCACCUCUGCUGUUGUGGCUCAGUCCCACUACCAGGGCAAGACACAUGCAAAGCGGGUCCGACUGGUCCUAGGAGUCCCACCCACCAAUCCCACCCCAGCAGAGCCCAGUCCCUGCACGCUGAAACCCACUGACCUACCAGCAGCCCCGUCAUGGCCUCUGACCAAUAAUAGUGAAGCAGGAAAGUACUGCUGCCUUUGUGGUGCCUGGUUCAACAACCCCCUGAUGGCGCAGCAGCACUAUGAGGGCAAGAAGCACAGGAGGAAUGCUGCACGAGCCAGGCUGACGGAACAGUUGGCUGGGAGUCUCGGUGCCGUUGAAACCACAGGUUUGCGUAGCAGCUAUUCCUGCAGCACAUGCAACGUGGUUCUUAACUCCAUUGAGCAGUAUCAUGCACACCUCCAGGGCUCCAAACACCAGAACAAGUGA